AUGUCCCGCGUAGGCGUUCUAGUUCUGGGCCCUGCCGGUGCCGGAAAAAGCACAUUUUGUAACUCACUUAUCUCUCACAUGCAAAGCGUGGGCCGCCGGUCUCAUCUCGUCAACCUGGAUCCUGCUGCUGAACCGUCACAGUACGAGUUCACCGUCGACAUCCGGGACUUGAUUUCGCUUGCGGACGUGAUGGAAGAGCUCGAAUACGGACCAAACGGUGGGUUAGUUUAUUGCUUUGAGUUUCUGUUGCAAAAUCUGGACUGGCUGGACGACGAGAUUGGUGAUUACGACGACGAGUAUCUGAUUUUCGACUGUCCGGGCCAAAUCGAGCUUUACACACAUAUUCCCGUGCUUCCAACAAUUGUGCGGCAUCUGCAGCAGCAGCUCAAUAUGUCGCUAUGCGUAGUUUACCUGCUUGAGGCCCCUUUUGUCACCGAUAGAGCCAAGUUUUUUUCAGGUGCUCUUUCUGCUAUGUCUGCCAUGAUGAUGCUCGAAACGCCGCACAUCAACGUGCUCUCCAAAAUGGAUCUCAUCACAGACCCUCCUAGCACCAAAAUUGCACACAAACCCUCAAGCAAAUCCUCGUCUAUUGAUGAGGAAACAAGAAGAAAUACUCUUGCUAAUAGACAGCUUCUUAUCGACCCGGAAACAGCAGACCAACAGGAACCAAACCCAGAAGGUCCCGCUGCUAUUGUUCCUCCCAGUGUUGGCGGUACAGGCACCGUUUCUAAGCGCGAUCUUAAGCGAUUCCUCAACCCAGACCCGUUACUGUUGGCCGAUGAGGCCGAUGCCGCCAUGAACCAUAAUCCCAAGUUCCAUGCUCUUAACACCAGCAUUGCUCAACUUAUUGACGAUUUUGGAAUGGUCCAGUUUUUACCAUUGAAUGCGCGCAGCCCAGAUUCCAUCGCAACAAUUCUUUCAUACAUAGACGACGUCACGCAGUGGGCUGAAGGCCAGGAACCAAAAGAACCAACGGAGAUUGACGAUUAUGAAGAUGAUGAGUGA